GCUUCUCGAAGAAAUUGAUUUGUUUCACUCCCAGCAAUUGAAAUCUGUGAUUGUGCCAUGAAUCUACCCGCUGUGGGAUUACUUGUGUGCCUCACGGCACCCUUACUGGUCACGGGAUUGGCGAAGAAGCCCCACAUUGUCUUCAUCCUGGCCGACGAUCUCGGCUGGAAUGAUGUGGGCUUCCACGGAUCCAACCAGAUUCCCACGCCCAAUCUCGAUGCUCUCGCCUUCUCUGGCCUCAUCCUCGAUCGCUACUACGUCACUCCCAUCUGCACGCCCUCCAGGGCGGCUCUCAUGACGGGAAAAUACCCCAUUCACAAUGGAAUGCAACACACUGUUCUUUAUGCUGCAGAACCUCGUGGUCUUCCUUUGACGGAGAAGCUCUUGCCACAAUAUCUGAAGGAAUUGGGAUAUAUGAACCAUAUCGUGGGCAAAUGGCAUCUCGGGCACUACAAGAAGGUCUACACGCCUCUCUAUCGAGGCUUCGACUCGCAUAUCGGCUUCUGGUCAGGACGACAAGACUACUUUGACCACACAUCCGUCGAGAAGCCGAGUUGGGGCUUCGACAUGAGGCGAGGCAUGGAUGUGGCUUAUGAUCUGCACGGAAAAUACCUCACUGAUAUCAUCAGUCAGGAAUCUGUGAGGGUUGUGAAAAAUCACAACAGCUCCAUUCCACUCUUCCUCUACAUCGCUCACGGGGCUGUUCACUCGGGGAACGCUUAUAAUGCCCUUCCGGCGCCAGAUGAGAAGGUUGACAAGCUCAGAGGCAUUGAUGAAUUCAACAGGAGGAAAUUUGGCGCCAUGAUGUCCUCAUUGGAUGACUCUGUGGGUGAAGUUGUGGCUGCUCUCGCAUCUCAGGGAAUGCUGGAGGACACCAUCAUAAUCUUCAGCACAGACAACGGAGGUCCGGCUGCGGGAUUUAACAUCAACGCGGCGUCCAAUUGGCCACUGCGAGGAGUGAAGAACACUCUCUGGGAGGGCGGAGUUCGCGGGGCAGGAUUCAUCUGGAGUCCUUUGAUCAAGAAAAGUCCCAGAGUUGCUCGACAGACAAUGCACAUCACUGACUGGCUUCCUACUCUUUACGCCGCUGCCGGCGGAAAUACAGAUGAUUUGGGAGAGGAUCUAGACGGAGUGAGUCUCUGGGAGGAGCUUCGCGAGGACACCAAGUCCGUGAGGUCUCAUAUCCUUCACAAUAUUGACGAUAUUUGGGGAAGCGCUGCCUUAACCGUUGGAGACUGGAAAGUAGUUAAAGGGACGAAUUACAAUGGUGCGUGGGACGGUUGGUAUGGACCUGCUGGAGACAGAGAGCCUAUGAACUACACAUUCGAUCUAUUGAAAACCUCCCCAGCGGGAAAAGUUGUUCAGGCGAUGCACCUCCUGCCCACAGACGAAGAGAUUUUAGAUUUGAGGAAGAGUAGCGGUGUGGAUUGUAAGAAAAAUCUCGUCAAUCCCAUGAAUCAGUGCUGGCCUCUUGAGAGUCCCUGCCUCUUCAACGUUCAGGAGGAUCCUUGUGAACUGUCCAAUGUGGCCAGAAAAUUUCCAAAUAUUCUCAGCUCUCUUCUCGCUGAACUCAACAAGUACAACCAGACGGUGGUACCUCCCUCCAAUAAAGCGCUGGAUCCCAGGGCAGAUCCGCGCUUCUGGGACAAUGUUUGGACGAAUUUCGGAGACUACAGCUUCCACAGUCGCAGAUUCUACGACGACAUGUCUUCAAGCAUGGAAGUCAUCAACAUCAUGCCUCAUAAUUCAACUGAAACUUAAACAUUCUAUUUUAUCAUGUGCAUGUUGGGUAUUUAUUA